AAUAUUUUCAUUAUCUCGUGAUUGUACUCUUUUUUUUUUUCAAUAUUCUCUCUCUCAAACAACAGAAGAAAACAAAUCAUGGAUGCGUUCUCUUCCUUCUUCGAUUCUCAACCUGGUAGCAGAAGCUGGAGUUAUGACUCUCUCAAGAACCUCCGUCAGAUUUCUCCGGCCGUCCAGAAUCAUCUUAAGCGAGUUUACCUAACCUUGUGCUGUGCACUCGUUGCGUCUGCCUUUGGAGCUUAUCUCCACGUGCUCUGGAACAUCGGUGGUAUUCUCACAACAAUUGGAUGCAUUGGAAGCAUGGUUUGGCUGCUUUCAUGUCCUCCUUAUGAACAACAAAAGAGGCUUUCACUACUGUUUCUCUCUGCCGUUCUUGAAGGCGCAUCAGUUGGCCCAUUGAUUAAAGUAGCAGUUGAUGUUGACCCAAGCAUCUUGAUCACUGCGUUUGUCGGAACUGCAAUAGCAUUUGUCUGUUUCUCAGCAGCAGCGAUGCUUGCAAGACGCAGAGAGUAUCUCUACCUCGGAGGACUGCUUUCAUCUGGCUUGUCCAUGCUAAUGUGGCUUCAGUUUGCCUCUUCGAUCUUCGGUGGCUCUGCAUCUAUCUUUAAAUUUGAGCUCUACUUCGGACUCUUGAUCUUUGUGGGAUACAUGGUGGUGGACACACAAGAGAUUAUAGAGAAGGCGCAUCUUGGUGACAUGGACUACGUGAAACACGCGUUGACCCUUUUCACUGAUUUUGUAGCUGUGUUUGUUCGUAUUCUCAUCAUAAUGUUGAAGAACUCGGCAGAUAAAGAAGAGAAGAAGAAGAAAAGGAGAAACUAAGACUUCAGAGUGACAAGAAAGCUGGAUGAGUGAAUCUUAUAAACACAUGAAAGCUAUGGUUUUUUUUUACUUGUUAGGACACACUGUUGUCAACAACAAAUGUUACGUGAAUUGCUUGUUCCUCUUAUCGCAUAAGAAUUGGCUUCAGAUUGUAAAUGGCGCUUUCGUUGUUCUUUUCAAUAUCCUGAGGAUGUUUAAAGUUUUGGUUCUACUGUUCUAUUCGCGUUGAAGCUAAGAAUAAUUACAGAGAAAGAGUAAACCCUUGAA